CGGUGGUCCAAUCAGAGAAGACAAGUUCCCGAGGUUUCCUUUUUCGUAGGCCCUCCCUUUCCUGUAGUAUGUUACGUGACUGUGCUGUUAGCAAGGGCUAGUUCUCAAUAAACAGCUGUGCCUUUCUGCUAUAAUGUCUUCAGGGUCCCGUUCGCCAGUUAGAAAGCAUUACACCUGCAAACAACAACGAAGGAGGAGCAGACAUUGUGAAAGUCGAAGUAGUUCCAGCGACAACGAGAAAAAUUCACGAUACUGCGAAAGACAGAAGGGUUACCGUUCCGCAUCAAACAGCGAUGACAGUAUCCAUAGAAGAAGAUACCGGGCCAGGUCCAGAAGCAAAGAAAGUGCAGGGAGACACCGGGACGGAUCUGGCAGUCGGAGUGGUCCAGAGAGAAGGAGACGUCAUCGCAAAUCGAGCAGUGAAGAGAGGGUUGAAAGGAGGCGGAAGAAAAGCAGCGAGAGGUCCAGAUCUCAUUCUGGAGAGAGGGGAAAAAACAAAAAGAGAGAGCACAGAAGACAUGAAAGAAAACGUUCUCCUCCUCGUCAGAAGCCACAGAACAAACAGAAGAAGAAACGAUCUAGGUCAAGAAGCUCUGUUUCUUCUCUUGCCUCUUUAUCACCAGCAAUGUCCCGGAGCCCUAAGGAGGCAAAUAAACAACGUCUCAGUUUAGAGGAACAUUUAAGUUUGAAGGAAGAGAAAAAACAGAAAAAAGAAAUGAUGAAGGCAAUGGAAACACCAGAGGAAAAAAGAGCCCGACGUUUAGCCCAAAAGGAAGCAAAAGAGAGAAAGAAACGUGAAAAGAUGGGCUGGGGGGAAGAGUACAUGGGAUAUACGAAUACAGACAAUCCAUUUGGAGAUAAUAACCUUCUAGGUACUUUUAUCUGGAAUAAGGCAUUAGAUAAGAAAGGAAUCGGUCACCUUACAGAGAAAGAUCUGAAAGAAAGAAAUAAACAUAUCCAAGAAGACAAUCGUUUAGAACUGCAAAAGGUGAAACAACUCCGUUUGGAGCGUGAACGUGAAAAGACUAUGAGAGAGCAAGAGUUAGAGAUGCUGCAAAGAGAAAAGGAGGCAGAACACUUCAAAACAUGGGAAGAGCAGGAAGACAACUUCCAUCUGCAACAAGCCAAGCUCCGAUCGAAAAUCCGCAUCCGGGAUGGCCGUGCAAAACCAAUAGACCUGUUAGCAAAGUACAUCAGUGCAGAAGAUGAUGACCUUGCUGUGGAAAUGCAUGAACCCUAUACAUUUUUGAAUGGGCUUACGGUUUCUGACCUGGAAGAUUUGCUAGAAGAUAUUCAAAUCUAUAUGGAGCUAGAACAGGGAAAAAAUGUGGAUUUCUGGAGAGAUAUGACUGUCAUCACUGAGGAUGAGAUCUCCAAGUUGCGCAAGUUAGGAACUUCUGGAAAGGGACCAGGGGAAAGAAGAGAAGGGGUGAAUGCCUCUGUCAGUACAGAUGUACAGACUGUAUUUAAAGGAAAGACUUACAACCAGCUGCAAGUUAUUUCCCAAGGGAUUGAGAGCAGGAUUAGGACUGGAGGUCCCAAUCUUGACAUAGGAUAUUGGGAGAGUCUUUUGCAGCAGCUUCGGGCAUACAUGGCAAGAGCCAGACUUCGUGAGCGUCACCAAGAUGUCUUGCGCCAAAAACUUUUCAAACUGAAGCAGGAGCAAGGUGUGGAAAGUGAGCCUCUGUUUCCCAUCAUAAAGCAGGAGCCUGAAUCGCCAAGUAACAGGGAAAAUGAGGAGGAGCCUGUAUCAGGUCAGCCUACAUCUACUAAUGCAGUACCAGAGAAGUCUGAAAAUGCUGUAGAGGGAGAAGUAAAGAAUGAAGGAGAAGGUGGGGAAUCUGUGCUGAUGGAGGAAGACCUUAUCCAGCAGAGUCUAAAUGAUUAUGAUGCUGGCAGAUACAGUCCAAAGCUUCUUACCGUUCAAGAACUACCUUUUGAUGCUCAUGUAGUAGACUUUGAAGAAGACCAACAGAGAACAGUGCUCUGCAGACAGCAACUCCAAGUCACAGGAGAUGCAAGUGAGAGCCCAGAAGACAUUUUCAUACGAAAGGCAAAGGAAGGGAUGGAUGGAGAUGAAGCUCAAUUUAGUGUGGAGAUUCCAGUCAACAGCAAAGCAUACCUUUGGGCUGACAAGUACAGACCCCGAAAACCACGGUUCUUCAACAGAGUUCAUACUGGAUUUGAAUGGAACAAAUACAAUCAGACCCAUUAUGAUUUUGAUAACCCUCCUCCUAAAAUUGUGCAGGGCUAUAAAUUCAACAUUUUCUAUCCUGACUUGAUUAACAAGAGAUCUACUCCAGAAUAUUUUCUUGAAGCCUGCCAGGACAACAAAGAAUUUGCCAUCCUGCGCUUCCAUGCUGGCCCUCCAUAUGAAGACAUAGCUUUCAAGAUUGUUAGCAGAGAGUGGGAGUAUUCUCACCGUCAUGGUUUCCGUUGCCAAUUUUCAAAUGGGAUCUUCCAGCUGUGGUUCCACUUCAAGAGAUAUCGUUAUAGAAGAUGAACUGCCAUAUACUGCAAUGUGAACAUUUGCUUGCUUUUAUCUUUUUUUUUCAUCUCGGAAUAAUGGAAGAACUUCAAAUGUACUGGGAACCAGAUGUCUUUAAGUAAUAUGCUUUCAGUAGAACUAUUGCCAUCUGUUUUGUGUCUAACCUUCCCAUCAGUAAAACUGGAAUAGCAUUCUUUCUGGGGAUAUUUUGUACAAAUAAACAUGAAAUUGAAAUACCAAA